GAAUAACUUAUUAACUGUUCCACAGCUAUAUGAAAAUAUCAAAAAAGAAAAAAUCGAUGGUUUUUUGCAACUUACUCGACAUCAAGUAUAUUAUUGGUCUAAAAAAAUAGCUACAAAAGAAUACAAAUUAUUAGAUAAUCAAUUAGAAUCUGCUCAACUAUAUUUAAAAAAUCAUUUAAAUUUUCAGCUUCUUUAUCAGGAUGAACAUUUGUUAGCUUUUGCUACACCUUUAUUAUAUAUACUACCUGAUCAUGUUACAAAAACAAUU